UAAUUAGAAAACUUUUCCUUAGCGUCUGUGACAUAGUGGAGGUAGAGAGAGAGGGGAGGCCUGAUCAUUCUUUGUUUCUGACAGAGAAAGGAAGACACUUAGUGGCACAUAUUCUAUACAGACACUCCCUCCUUUUAGCCUCCUCUCGCUCUCUUCUCUGUUGGUUCCUGGUCUUUCUGGGGCCGAGUUGUGACGCCUAUUUUUAAAGAGAGAGAGGCUGAUCAAUCCUUCGCUAUACUCUGUGUAGUAAAAGAUUGAGAGGAAGAAGAACUCAGUUUUAAGCGAAGGGGUUACUCCUUCGUUUCAUCUUGUCAAAAAACUUGUCAAUUAAAACCCUGGCCACUCUUGGUUCGUUUGAGAGAGAAGGAGGGUCGACACCACCCCCAGCCAAGAGACCAAGACUCUCCUCCUCUUCCGAUCGCUCGUCUUCCCUCAGACAUUUUAACUGUGACUGUCCCGGGACUUCGUCGGGUAUGACGGAGCACCGCCCACACUGUAUCCAUAGCAACGGUGUCAGUAAUGGUUACGAGAGUAAUGGUAUUGUCAAUGGCAGCGAUGAGGACACGCCCCCAGCCUUGAAGGGGUCUGCACACAAGUGGUGCCACAAAAAGGUCACGAGAAUGGAAUCUGACGUCAUUAAUCUGAUUGGUCAGCAUUUACGAGAGAACGGGUUCAAUAAAACACUGGAUUGCCUUAUUGAGGAAUCGGGCUGUGAGUUAGAACAUCCUCUGGCUGGUACCUUCAGAAAGAACGUGCUCAAUGGAGAAUGGCCGCAAGCCAUGUCCACCUUAGAUCAACUAGCACCACUUCUAAAUAAUGAUAGAAACAUUCAAAAAAUGAAGCUCCUCAUAAAAGAAGAAGAGUAUUUAGAAUUAUUGGAAUCUGGUGAGAGAUUAUUAGCACUGCAGUGCCUGCGCCACGACCUCACUAACUUACCUCUCUAUCAUCCGGAGAAAAAAAUACAAAAUCUUUCUCAGUAUGUUAUGUGUCACAGUAAGGAAGAAUUGCUUCGUGUUGCUAACUGGCCAGGAGUGAAAGGAGGAGCAAGAGAGAGACUAAUGGAUCAAUUACAAGAUUUCCUCCCUGCUGCUGUAAUGCUACCAUCAAGGCGGUUGUCAUAUUUAUUAAGACAAUCGCUACAGUUACAAGUCCAGCAGUGCCCGUUCCAUUAUGAAGACAACGACUUAUCAACUUAUUCACUACUGACUGACCACAUCUGCUCAAGGACUCAUUUUCCCUCUGAGGCAGUCCACACGUUAAAAGAACACUCAGAUGAAAUAUGGUUCUUACAGUUCUCACAUGACGGGACACGACUUGCCUCUGGCUGUAAAGAUGGACAGAUUUUCAUAUGGGCCAUUGAGCCUUCAGAGCGUCCAAAAAAGUCUCACUCGAUUAAAGCUCAGCCAUCAGGUGUCACUGUCCUUCAAUGGAGUCCCGACGACUCCCUCUUAUUGUGCUGUGGAGCCGAGGACUGCACUGAAGUGAUUGUGUAUGAUACUAGUAAUUGGACGGAGAAGUGCCGAGUGUCUAAUUCAACUGAGGACAGUCUCACUUGUUGCGCCUGGCAUCAUUCGGGAAGAAAGUUUUAUGUGGGCGGGCUGAGGGGACAAUUUUAUGAAUGUUCGGCAGAGGAUGGUUCCAUCACUUCUUCUUGGGAGGGUGUUCGCCUACAUGCUAUUGCGACUCACCCGUACAACGAGACUGUCUAUGGAGCCGAUUCACACAUGAGAGUGAGGCAGUACAACUUUGAAGACAAGACACACAGCACACUGAUUAAGGAGGAUCAUCCAAUAAUGUCACUGUCAUUAUCAAAAGAUGCCAGAUAUGCACUGCUCAAUGUUGCCAGCCAAGGUGUCCAUUUGUGGGAUCUGAAUGACCAGUGUCUCGUGAGAAGGUAUCAAGGUGUUACGCAAGGUUUUUAUACCAUUCAUUCUUGUUUCGGUAUCAACGAUAGUUUUGUUGCUAGUGGCAGCGAAGAUCAUCAUGUGUAUAUAUGGAAUCAACGUAAAGAGGCUCCAGUAAUUGUGUUAAAGACUCACUCUAAAACUGUCAAUUGUAUUUCAUGGAAUCCAGUCCAUCCAUUUAUGAUAGCAUCUGCUAGUGAUGACUGUUCGAUAAUUUUAUGGGGAACUGAAGAUGAGAUGAAGAAACAGAGAGAAGUGCAAAAUAUUUUGCACCAAGAGAGUAAUGCUAGCUCAGUCCAUGUCAAUGGUGUCUCUAGUAUUGAAAGAGAUGAAGAAUCUUACGAAGAAGAGGAAGAGGAGGAGGAGGAGGAAGAAGAUGAAGAUGAAGAUGAAGAAGGAAUGGACAUGAGAGGUAGCUCUAGACCACUAUCAGAGUCUGACUUACAUGCACUUGAAAUGUUAGAGCCAGAGUCUUCCUCUCAUGAUGACAGCAUUGAUAGUAAUGAUCAGUUAGAAGCUGCAGUGUCUCUCUCUGUCCUGUCAGUUGGUAUAUCUGCAGUGAGAGAGAGGAGCAAUAGGGCUCUGCAGCAAAGACAUCAAAUGGAAGCAGUUCAGUCUAGUGUUUCCUCCAGCAUCACUUCCACUUCUUCUUCGUUAACUGCAACUACUUCAGGAGGAGGAGGAGGGAGUGGGUCUAUACUUGUAAUAAUGUCACCUUCACCUGCCCAGCCUCCAUCGCCUCCUCCAAGAUCAUCAGGAUCUUCAUCAUCCAUGCAUAACCUAAGGGAGUCUGUGAGACUAUCAAGCUCAAGUGGGCGGCUUUUGUCUUCUGGUGACCUAGUGCCUAUACAAGGCAGUGGAGGUGGGAGACAGCUAGUGGAGGAAGAGGAGGAAGAAGGGCAUCAGAGUGGAACCGAUCAACCAGUUGAGGUCUCAUUUGACUUGGACUCUUCUACAGAGAGUGCUGGGAGCAGAGUGGAAACAGGGAGAGGAGAACCUUCAGUUCAAACUCAAGAAGUGACAAGCUCUACUGUUUCUGUUAUAACGAGUGGACCAGCAGCAUCUAGAACUAGUGAUGGUAGUAGCCCACAACUAGAAGGAGGAGGAGAGCAUGGUGAAGUUGUUGUUACUAGCAGUAGUAGUAAUGGCAGUAACAGUGCACCUACUACUGAGGCAAGACAGGAAGAGACUGAGACCAACAAUGACAGAACAGGAGGCUCCUCCAGUAUCUCUACACCCACAUAGUGUAUUAUCUCAUCACAUUUUUAACUUUGUCCACCAUUUAUUCUUGUCUCUCAUUCCCUUUCUGUCACCCUUUCUCAGUUCCACCAGGUUUCUCUCUCUCUCUUCUCUCUCUUCCAUCCAGUCCUGGUAUAUUAUAUUAUAUUAACAUAUCAUCAUUAUCGGUAGUUGUUUUUGCAUUAAUUUUAGUAUUACUGUUUAUUAGAUCUUUACAUUUCAUUUUUUUCAUAAUAAGAUAUAGGCCAUUAAAAGAACAUCAACACUAUUGUUAUUAUUAUUAUUAUUAAUUAUCAUCAAUGAGAUUAUUGUAUCUUUUUAAUUUAUUAUCAAACAGCUUCUUUCUUUCAAUUACAAA